AUGAGCUCCGUCCAAGCCUUUCGAGCAUUCCUAUGGCUAGUUUUGCUCCCGUGCUGCGUAUUUCUACGAUGGUGUGAAGCUGCCCCACAAAUCCAAGAUGAGAUACUGCAGCAACUUAAGGAGCUGAAUUUGGCACAGGCGAAGCUUAUUGCGGCUAACUCCACUGUUAAGUGCAGCCUGACCCCACAUCUUUGCGACUGGCAACUGCAUCUAUACGAGGGCCACCGAUUCAGUGUUCCACUUGUACAGACUGUGGAAAGUACACCCACCAAAGCACCCUCGAAUGCCGGUCAAGAAAUCUUUGAGUUGACCCACCAAGACAGUGGGUUGCAGCUGUUCAUUGUGGCCGAAAUUGAGCCCAAGUCGAGACGGGAAAGGCGAAGAAGGGGAAAACUGCGGCGUCGGGCAACUUUUAAUCACUUGAGUAAACAGAAAUUUGUCUUGCUGGUCGUUCAAUAA